AUGUAUGGGAAUCCAGUAGCUGCUGAACGCUGUCACACCUGGGAGCUUCUAUGUCGCAUUGCUGACUCUAUCCAGGGGCCUUGGAUCCUGGGUGGGGAUUUUAAUGAAAUUCUGUCGACGGAGGAAAAGAGUGGAGGAAAUACUCGAAGUGGAGAGGCCAUGAGCAGGUUCCAGAGAGCCCUGGACUACUGCGCUUUGGAUGAUAUUACUAGACGAGAAAAAGUCUUCUCUUGGUGCAACGGCCAGAAGACGAACUUUAUUAUGGAAAAAUUGGAUCGAUUUCUUGCUAAUGUGGAGUGGAAGGACAGGUUCAAGGACUUUAAAAUCCAGUACCUGGACUGGAUGGGCUCUGACCAUAAGGCCAAUGUCACGGUCUUUGGUGAGGUGUGGUCCCUUAGGGAGACUAAAGGAAAUUUCAGGUCUCGUUUCCACUUCGAGGAGGCGUGGUGUGAAGAGGCAACAUGUAAACAAAUUAUCGAGGACAAGUGGAAUAAUGGUGAAGUUUGCAAUAGCCCGUCCGAAUUCAAUAUGAAGAUAGAGGAGUGUAAAAAGAAGUUGAGGUCAACUAAUCCCUCCGACGAAAUAAUUGAUACUGCUUUAAGAGGGAUUCAACAAAAAAUUUCGGAGGCUAUGAAUGAGAACUUACUGGGGAGGUUCUCUGAAGAGGAGGUAUUUUCGGCGAUUAAGGGCAUGAACCCUAUCAAAGCCCCAGGAAUUGAUGGGCUCCCUGCCCUCUUCUUCCAGAAAUUCUGGAACUCGGUUCGGGGUGAUGUAGUUAGCGUUUGCCUGAAAGUUUUAAAUGAGAAUUUCCCACUCCAGCAACUCAACGAGACUCUGAUUACACUCAUACCAAAGGUGCCGAAAGCAAAGAUGAUUGAGGAGUACCGUCCUAUUAGCCUAUGCAAGGUGGUUUAUAAAAUUAUUUCAAAAUGCUUGGUAGAACGUAUGAAAAGUUAUCUGGCGGUGGCUGUUUCGAAUUCCCAAAGUGUAUUUGUUACGGGAAGAAUGAUUCAUGAUAAUGCAAUUAUUGGAUACGAAGGGUUACACUGCAUGAGAAAGGAUCGCUUCGGGAAUGGAAAGAAAAUGGCCUUAAAGCUUGAUAUGUCCAAGGCUUAUGACAGAAUUGAAUGGAGAUUUGUGGAGCGACUAAUGUUAAAGAUGGGCUACCAUGAAGAGUGGGUGAAGAAAAUCAUGGGGUGCAUUACCUCAGCUUCCUUUUCCUUCCUGAUUAACGGGGAAGUCAGAGGUAAUGUAACUCCAGAGCAUGGUCUUUGCCAAGGUGACCCUCUCUCCCCCUUCAUUUUCGUGCUCUGCGCUGAAGCUCUCUCUAGUUUGAUUUUGGAAGCUGAACAGAGUAAUCUUCUAGAGGGUAUCUACUUUCGAAGAAGAGGGGUGAAAGUUUCUCAUUUGUUCUUUGCUGAUGACAAAAUCAUGUUUCGCAAUGCGGAUGGGAAUGGGUGUAGAGCUCUAAGAAAUAUUCUCUGUUGGUACACUGCCGCAUCGGGGCAGGUGAUUAAUUUCAGCAAGUCAGAAGUUUGUUUUGGAAGUAAAGUUGAUGAAGACACAAAGAAAGAGAUAGCAGGGAUGUUUGAAGUUAAAAUCACGGAGCAUUUUGAGAAGAACUUGGGUAUCCCGGGAUUGGUUGGCAGAUCGAAGAGGGAAACCUUUAAAUCAAUAAAAGGCAGAAUCUGGAAUAAGAUAAAGGGUUGGAAGAGAUCCAUGUUCUCUACAGCGGGGAAGGAAGUCCUGAUAAAGGCAGUGGUGCAAGCAAUGCCGAAUUAUGCCAUGAAAUGUUUUAGACUCCCUCUAAAUUUGAUAAAUAAUAUUCAUAGCAUUGCUGCCAAAUUCUGGUGGGGCUCAUCUGAGAAGAAAAGAAGAAUUCACUGGUGCAAGUGGGAAGAGUUGUGUAAAAGAAAGUUUAGAGGAGGCUUAGGGUUCAAAGAUAUGGAGCUAUUCAAUAAAGCUAUGCUUGCUAAACAAUGUUGGAGAUUAGAGAGAUUCCCGGAAUCCCUGGUUGCUAAAGUCCUCAAAUUUAGUUACCACAGUAACUGUGAUUUUCUUCAAGCGAAGAAGGGUUCUGCUCCUUCCUUCAUUUGGCGGAGUCUUCUUUGGGGGAGGAAAAUUAUCGAAGCGGGCUCGCGCUGGAGAAUCGGGUUGGGAGAGGAGGUUAGAAUUGUAGAGGACAAAUGGCUGCCAAGGCCGUUGAAUUUCACCUUCCUGGAAAAACCUGAACUGCCAGCAGGCAUUAGAGUGAUCGACCUGAGGAAAGCUGAUGGGGAGUGGGAUGAGAUCUUCAUCCGAAACAUAUUUACUAAGGAGGAUGCAGAUAGUAUUUUAAGCAUCAUCCCAGGACCAUUGGACUCUAGAGAUAAAAGAAUAUGGCAUUAUAACCAAAAUGGUGAAUACUCGGUGCGCAGCGGCUACCAAGUGGCUAUUCGUGAGAAAGAAAGGGUCGAAGGAUCAAAUAUGAGGGAAACUGAAAGUUGGUGGAAAAAAGUGUGGAGUUUGAGAGUCCCUCCCAAAAUCAAACUUUUCCUAUGGAAGCUAAGCAACAAGUGGCUUCCCACUAAUAGUGUUCUAUUUUGCAGGAAACUAAGGAAGGAGCAGGGGUGCUGCAUGUGUGGGGAUUCUAACCAGAGAGAGGACUGGUACCACGCAAUUUGGCAAUGCCCAAGAAAUAAACAAGUUUGGAAGGUGGCAGGUUUCAGCAAGAUUACUAAAAGAAGGAAUCUUGAGGACCCGAUAUCCUUCCUAUCCAGAAUUUCCCUUCAGCUCCCCAAAGACAAAUUUGGCUUCUUUUCUACCUUGGCUUGGCAGUGUUGGAACAGCCGCAACAACGAUGCUUUCAGGAAAUGGAACCCGGAGGCUACAGCUAUGGUGGAUUGGGCGGCCAGCUAUCUGGAGGAGUUUGCUCAAACCGAUGAUGCCGCUCCAGCCAAAACCAAUUCUGCUCAUCAAAGGUGGAUAGCUCCUAUUGAGGGAGAGUGCAUGAUCAAUGUGGAUGCGGCAGUGAACAAGAUCCAAGGCUGCUGUAGAAAUGGCGUUGUAAUCAGGGACAGAUUGGGAGAUGUGAUAGCUUCAAGUUGUACGUUUAUAAACUGUGCUUAUGACCCUCUUGUUGCUGAAUUGCUGGCCAUUCAACAGGGUAUCAACCUCAGUAAGAGGUUCAACAUUAAAGGGUGGCUGAUAGUUUCGGACUGUAGCCUUGCGGUUGGUAUGCUCAAUAGACCACCAGAAGAGAGUGGUGAUUUGGAUUUACUGGUGUUUGAUAUCAGGAGGGAGGCAGAAAACCAGAGUAUUCGGUCCGUUUGGUUUGGUCCCAGAUCGUCGAAUGGUGUGGCUCACAUGAUUGCCAAAUUUGCAUUGCUAUCUUAA